UGAACCUACCGAGAGGUGGUGUUGACCGACCCGCAGCAGGUUUUCAGUAAGAAACCUGUAAUAAUCUAACUUAAUAGGGCAACUGACAGUAACACCAAGUGCUUAAAUUUUAACGGAAGGGGUCAGCGGUGCCGGAGUCAAGGCGACGCGACCGAGAGAAGACCGUACAUCCCGGAGGAAAGCGCCCGAAGUGAGCUUUAGGAUCAAAGCUAAUGCUAAGUUAGCAAGCUAGUGCUAAGUUAGCGAGCUAGUGCUAAGUAAUCACACGAAAACUCGUGUCUUUUCACUAGUCGCUUGCUUUGUCAUAACUACCGUGGUAACAGAUAAGAUAGUCGGGGUGGUUUGUUAAGUUAUAUGUUUAAUUUAAUAUAAAUUCGCUUUUACAUUUUAGGCCACAAGCGACUUCACUUAGCAAGAGUAGCUAGCCGGUAUCCCUGAGGUUAAACACCGGCUCCGCUCGGGACAGGUGAUACUGCUAAAGAUAGUUCGCCUUAAAAACUUCACCUCCAAAGGUAUCAGUGUUUAUAAGUGAGCGUACACUUAUUGGUGUCUUAAGCCUUGUGCUUCGCAAUGCUGAAACCACAGCAGCAGUCCGGCUCAGGCGGGAGAAAGGCGUCCAACGGAACCUCGGGCCCCGCCGGUAUGUCUGCUCCAGUCAGCGGAAUCAACAGCGGCAGCAGGACUCAGGCCGGGAGGAACCGAGCUUCUGCAAAGCCAACGUUCCAGUCAUCUCCAGUGUUCGAGGGUGUGUACAACAAUGCUAGGAUGCUUCAUUUCCUCACAGCUGUUGUGGGUUCGACCUGUGACAUAAGAGUGAAGAACGGGAGUGUAUUUGAAGGCGUAUUUAAGACUCUCAGCUCUCGGUGUGAGUUGGCUGUGGACGCUGUACACAAACGCGGUGAGGAGGAGGAACCGACAUCAACUCUGCCACGGAGGGAGGACAUCACUGACACCAUGAUCUUCAGCCCCUCCGACCUGGUGACCAUGAUCUGCAAAGACGUCGACCUCAACUUUGCCACAAGAGACACCUUCACAGACACGGCCAUCAGCUCCACGCGUGUCAACGGAGAACACAAGGAGAAGGUUCUGCAGAGAUGGGAGGGCGGAGAGAGCAAUGGAGAGGGUUUCGAUCUGGAGAAAGAUCCAUCCAAUGGCUGGGAUGCCAACGAGAUGUUCCGCUACAAUGAAGUGAAAUAUGGAGUCACGUCAACAUACGAUUCCAGCCUUUCCAUGUAUACUGUACCGCUGGAGAAGGGAAACUCAGACAACUUUCGGCAGAGGGAGGCCCGCGCUGCUCGCCUGGCCUGUGAGAUCGAGUCGAGCCCGCAGUAUCGGCAUCGCGUCGGCCUGGAAAAUGAUGAAGGCAAAAGCGAGGAGGACAAAUACAGCGCUGUGGUGCGAGACGGCAACGAUCGUGAGAGGGGCCGCGAGAGCCCGCGAGAGCGAGAGAGGGGCCGAGACAGCCCUGGAGCUAGCACCAGGGAUGGCAAGUACAUUCCAUUACCUCAGCGUCAGAGAGAGAUGAACCGAGAGCGGGACCGAUCUGAGCGAGGUCCCGGGGGGCCUCCACCUCACGCCCGUCUGAGCGGAGGAUACCGCUCCAACCCUCCAUCCUCGUCCUCCCCCAGACCCCCGCUGCCCUCUGCCGCCGGGCCCCAGUCCGGCGCCUCCCCCUCUGAGAGGAACAGCCCUCUGUCGGGCCGCGGCGGGGCCUACGCUCCGAGCCCUGGCCCCACGCCCGCCUCUGCCGGAGGACCAGCAUCCGCUGCUCCAUCCCCCUCCAGCCCCCCCGCACCACACGGACACACGGUCCCUCAUUCCCACUCACUCCCACACUCGCUGUCUGACGCUGGCAGGCCCGUUAAUGGAGUGUCUAGCAGAACAUCUCCUAAAGCCCAAAGACCUCCGCAGUCGAGCAGAACAGUCCGUUCUUCACACUCUCAGUCCUCAACUUCUCGCUCUCCUAAAUCAGGUUCUUCCCAGGACACGCCUUAUUUGGACACAUCGUCUGUCUCCAUGCCCCCGCAGAAGAUGUCUGGCCCCGCCCCUCUCUUCCCUGUCGAUGUGAACGAGAUCCUUGGCAACGCUGCGAAGGAACGUGCCGCUGAGAGCCAGAGCGGCACAGAGGACAGCAAGAGUAGUAAAGUUCCCUCGGUUCAGCAGAGGUCUCAGAUUGAGGAGCUGCGGAAAUUUGGCAAGGAAUUCAGGCUCCAGCCGAGUGGAGGCAGCUCGAGCUCGCCCAGCUCCCCAGCGACAUCGAACCCACCCUCCCUUGGCGAGGUCACCCAGCCCGGCGGAGCCAAGCCCUCAGACGCUUCAUCAGAGCCCAAAGCUUCGGGUCCUUCCCAGCCUCAGCCUUCACCCUCCCCUGCUGCAGACGCUAAAGACUCCACAUCUGGCACCGUUUCAGACCGGCAUUCACCGGCCACCCCGCAGCCAGCCAGGACCCCGGGCAGCGAGGACUCCAGGCCUGAGUCUGCGGAGCGUCCGGAGGGCAUGCCAGAACAAAUCAAGAAAUCAACCUUAAACCCCAACGCUAAGGAGUUCAACCCUAUCAAAAGUCCAAUGCCCAUGGUGAAGCCCAACACAGCGCCCACCCCGCCUCGUCCCACUCCCCCCAGCCCCGUGCUCCUGCAGCACCCCGGGGGGCAGGGACCCCUGUACAACACCCCCUACCUCUCCUAUGUGUCACAGAUCCACCCUGUGCAGCCCCCACCCAUGUACCAGUACACCAUGUCUGCAGUCAGCCAGGGGAAAUACCCCCGGACCAAAGUGGCUCAGCGCUCGGACCAUGGUAACUCGGCUCCGCCCAUGCUGCAGGCUGCAUCCGCAGCAGCCGGGGCCCCUCUGGUGGCGUCACCCUACCCUCAGCCCUACCUGCAGUACAACCCUCAGCAGUACAGCCAGCAGCAGGUCCUCCAGGCCAUGUCCCCUUACCCCGGACAGGUUCCGAUGUACUCUAUGCUGCAAGGAGGAGCCAGGAUGAUAGGGCAAGGCGGUGGUCCACACCCACAAGCCAUGGGCCCCCCAGGAGGCCCCCAGUUCUCUCCACAGGGAGAAGGGCCUCAGGGGCAACAGCAGGGCAUUUACGCUCAACAGUCCUUUGCCCACCACGCGGGUGCCGUUCAUCAGCCCCAGCCCUCCAGCACCCCGACAGGAAACCAGCCCCCCCCCCAGCACGCUGCACAGAGCCCCGGACAGAAUGCCCAGCCCGGCCCCCAGCCCCAGUCCUUGUACCACUCAGGUCCUCUGUCAGCACAGACCCCCCCCAACAUGCCCCCGGGACACACGUCUCCACAGGGCUCGUACCCCAUCCAGGGCUACAGCAUCCACAGCCACCAGGGCAUCCCACAGUCCUAUCCUCUGGGCCAGUUAACACAGGCCCACGUACAGGGAGCCAUGGCGGGCCACCACCAGGGGAACCACGGCCAGUUAGUGAUGCUGCAGCCCCCCCCUCAGCAGGGCCCCGGCUCCGUGCAACAGCACCCGCAGCACGGCCCCCAGCAGGGAGCACACCAACACUUUUACAUCGGACAUCCACAAGGAAUGAGCCCCAACAUCCCCACUGCCUGCUGGAUGUGAAGCCCAGACUGAUUUACACAUGACAAACUGACAGGAAGUGCAGAGGAGAGAGGAGGAUACAAAGCCUCACAGCACCUUAUUCUCCCGCUGUAGCGUUCUUCAUCAGUUCAAACCUCAGCGUCAGCCCCCAGAUGAGGAGGACCUUUUUAUUUCGAAUGAUGAAGGUGCGUCCGGCCCCUGCUGCCAUCCUGCUCUUCUCUCCAACUUCCUCCCAUUUCAGAGACAUGAGGCACCUUUUGGGGCGGACUAGUCGGAGAGGAAGGAACACGGAUGGAGACCAGCAGCAGACGCUCUCUCUUCCAGCAGUGUGGGGUACCAUGACACACAUGGGAAACAGACUGUCGCGGAGCUCUUGUGAAUACAGCAUGAAAGGAAGGAUGUGAAGAGGGGAUUUUUAGCAAAUCAUUUUCCUUUUUUAACUCGAUCCAGU